AAAACCAUAAAAAAAUUAAAUCAGAAAUGUAAAAAAAUGAAUAUAAUCCGACAAUAUGUACAAAAAGAAAACAAAAAGAUAUUACUAAAUUAUUAAUGAGUGAUUAUAAAGUAAAUGUUACUUAAGAAAAUACUAGUGCAUUUAUAGUUAUAUUUCCUGGCCCAAAAAAUACUCUAUAUUAAGAUGGAAUAUGGUAAAUACAUGUUUUAUUACCAGAAUAAUAUCCUUAUAGAUCACCUUCAAUAGGUUUUUUAAAUAAAAUAUUUCAUCCAAAUAUUGAUGAAGAAUCAGGGAGUGUUUGUUUAGAUGUUAUUAAUUAAUCAUGGUCUCCAAUGUAUGAUUUAAUAAAUAUUUUUGAUAUUUUUUUACCUUAAUUAUUGACUUAUCCAAAUCCCCAUGAUCCCUUAAACCCUUAAGCAGCUUCUUUAAUGAAUAAAGAUAUAUAAAAAUAUGAAGAAAAAGUAAAAGAAUUUGUUAGAUUAUAUGCUAGUGAGAAAUUAAGUAAGCAAUAAGAUAAAUUAGAUGAUUUGGGGAUUAGAAAGGUAUCAAAUAAUGAUGAUAAUAAUAGUGUUUUAAGUUAGAUUUCUCUUGAUAAUGUUAGUGAAUUAAGUGAUAACGAGGUUAGUAAUGUUGAAGUUAUUUAAUUUUAUGGGUGAAUUUUUAUAUUUUGAAAAAUAAAAAAAAUUAUUAUUUGUAAAUGAAUAAAAAUUUUAUUAAUAUUUAUUUUUAAAUAUAUUUUAGUAAAAUUAUUUAUUAAAUUUUUAUUUUAUGUAAAUA